AACACAACAUACACAUACACAAACACAAUGACCGAGCCCAUGGUCACCCUUAUCUUCCUCCUCUUCUUAGCCACCGGAUCCUUGGCUCAAACCGCUAAUGAUGUGAGUUGGGCCAAACGGGUGGACACGGGCUCACAAGUCAUAACAACCAUGCAAUUCUACUUCCAUGACACCUUGAGUGGUAGCAACCCAAGUGCAAUCAAGGUGGCCCAACCACAAUCAUCCGCCAACUCCCUUGGCGGGUUUGGCAACCUCAUGAUGGUUGAUGACCCGUUGACCGAAGGACCCGACAAGAACUCCAAGCUCAUUGGACAUGCUCGUGGGAUGUACGGUUCAGCCGCACAAAAUGAGCUCGGGUUGAUUAUGGUUUUAAACUAUGGGUUCACCGAUGGAGUGUAUAAAGAUAGUUCAUUUAGCCUUUUGAGUUUAAACCCCGCAUUGCAGGCGGUUCGUGAGAUGACGAUCGUUGGUGGUACCGGGCUUUUUCGUCUAGCGCGUGGUUACGCAUUAGCUCAAACAUAUUGGAUUGAUCCUAGUACCGGUGAUGCAAUUGUAGGGUACAAUGUUACAAUUGCAACUUAUAUUUAGUGAUCUAGCACGUUCAGUUUCAUGAUCCUCGUGUCUCAUUGUGCCGAUUGCUUGUGAAUUUGACUUCUGUUUCUUGGACAUUGUGGUUCAAAAUUAAGAUUUAUCAAAUAGUUUAAAAUGACUCAACGCAUUAAAAAGUUCUAUAUAGGCUUGUGAGUUGAAGAAGCAAAUACCAAAACGGGUAUGUACUCUAGCGACGUGGGCAUACCUCUUCUCUGUUGCAAAAGAGAGAUAUAGGGGACAUUUAGUUGCUACAGUUGUAAACCUUAUUUUUUUAACGGCAAUUUUCUUUUAUUCA